GCGGACGGUGCUGUCAGCCAGCCGUCGGUCACAGAGAGCCGUUGGUGCUCGUCGUUCACACCGGAGAGAUAACAGCUGAGUGAAAGCCAAACGUCUGACCGUGGGACUCUGAAAUAUAAAAUCACAUUUAUUUAUUAUUAUUAUUAUUUUUUUUUUUUUUUACAGUUUUUUAUCUUUAAGUCGCGUGGUUAUGAUGAGGUGAGGAUGGCCAAGCGACCGGGGACUGACGACGGGAUGUUGACUUCGCCGACAAUUCUCCGGGAUUUCUCCGCCGAUUUAAACACCGGGGACGUGAGCAUGGACUGCGGCGACGGAGCCGCGGAGGUCUCCUUGGAAGACAUCCUCACAUUGUACAACCAGCCCAUAAACGAGGAGCAGGCAUGGGCGGUGUGUUAUCAGUGUUGUCGGACUUUAGCGCAGAAACAUCGGCGGAAAAGCUCCAGGUCUGCCGGUGCUUCAGACGGCGGCUGUCCGAGGAGGAUUGAGGGACCUGGGGAUGUGAAGAUUGGGAGAGACGGGACUGUGAAACUGCACUUUGAAGACAGCACAGAUAAAUACCAACCGCCCCCCACGUCAUUAGAGGUUAUUGACUCACUGGGUGUCAUGAUUUAUAAAGCUCUCGACUAUGGCCUCAAAGAAAACGAGGAGCGAGAACUCAGCCCGCCACUGGAGCAUCUGAUCGACAUGAUGACCAACCCUGAAAAAACGGAGAGUGACCCCUGUCCUGACGAGGGCUAUGAAGCCACAGAGGAGGAGGAUGAGGGUGAGGAGGAAGAAGAGGGGGAAGAGGAGCCUGUCUCUGCCACCCCCACCAGCUCAGUCAGCAGCAUUCGCAGCUAUCGAGACCUCAUAACGUUAUGUUCUUCCCACCUUCCCAGCCCAUCAGACGCCCCCAGCCAUUACCAGGCUGUGUGUCGUGCUCUCUAUGCUGAAACCAGGGAACUUCACACCUUUCUGGAGAAGAUCAAGAGUGCCAAGGAGAACCUGCGGAGAAUGGAAGGCGAGAAUCGGGAGGAACCUGUUAAAGACCUAAAUGAGCUACAAAAUGCAGAUUGGGCUCGGUUCUGGGUGCAGGUGAUGCGAGAUCUACGAGAUGGUGUUAAACUGAAGAAGGUUCAGGAGCGUCAGUAUAACCCAUUACCCAUCGAAUACCAGCUCACACCGUACGAAAUGCUGAUGGAUGACAUCCGCUCCAAACGCUACAAGCUGCGAAAAGUCAUGGUGAAUGGAGACAUCCCACCAAGGUUAAAGAAGAGUGCGCAUGAAAUCAUUCUUGAAUUCAUCAGGUCGCGACCACCUCUCAACCCUGUUGCAGCCCGUAAACUGAAACCCCACCCGCCACGUCCCCGGAGCCUCCACGAACGACUGCUGGAGGACAUCAAAGCUGAGAGGAAGCUCAGGCCCGUCUCCCCCGACAUGAUCCGCAGAAGCCGCCUGGGUGCAGGGAAAAGCAUCAGCACUCCUCAGGACUUGUUUCGCAGCUCAGACACUCCUGAUGCACCGAGGAAACUGGCUGUCAGCACCCAGUCUCUGGCCAGUGGCACCCUGGCACCCAAUCAAGGUGGAGUGCAGCCCCUUAGCCAAAGGAAGAGGCUGCUCAGAGCGCCCACGCUGGCUGAGCUGGACAGCUCCGAAUCUGAUGAGGAACCCACGCGGAGCAGCUCCAGUAUGUCCCCGUCUUUGAUGGAGGACACGUCACCUGAGCCUGUCAUAGGGAAGAAAGCUCCUCCAAAGUUCCUGCCCGUCUCUGCCACCCCGCAGCCAGACAAGCGUCAGUCUCCACAGAGGCGGCACUCUAUCGAGAAGGAGGCCCCCACCAGUGUCUGCCCCUUUGUAGCUCCAUCCAGACAGAGCUCCAAGUCUUUGAUGAUGGCUGAUCCCAGCACCAAGGUUGAAGCCGCCAGUGGUGCUCAGGGCACGGAGGAGUUCUGCUACCCGGUGGAGUGUCUGGCUCUGACAGUGGAGGAGGUGAUGCACAUCAGGCAGGUUCUGGUCAAGGCCGAGCUGGAGAAGUUUCAGCAGUACAAAGACAUCUACACCGCCCUCAAGAAAGGAAAGGUUUGCUUUUCCUGUCGGACCAAGAGGUUCUCUCUCUUUACCUGGUCCUACACCUGCCAGUUCUGCAAAAGGCCUGUGUGUUCCCAGUGCUCUAAAAAGAUGCGGCUGCCAUCUAAGCCCUACUCCACCUUGCCCAUUUAUUCUUUGGGCCCCAGUGCUGCUGCUAAAGAUGAGGCGAGUGGAGCGUCUGCCCCUGCUGAGCCAGAAAAGAACCCAUUUGGGUCUGGACAUAGUCGACACAGCCUACGCAGAAGCGUUUACAAGUUGUCUAAACACAGCAGCAGUAGCAGCAAAGACGGACGAUCACAGGACGAACCAGAGCUCCCCAAGGAGCUCACCGAGGACUGGGUCACCAUGGAGAUCUGCGUAGACUGCAAAAAGUUCAUCACAGAGAUCAUCACCUCCAGCAAGCGCAGCCUGUGCGUGGCCACCAAACGUGCCCGUCUCAAUCGCAAAACCCAGUCCUUCUACAUGUCGUCAUCUAACUCGGUCAACUUCAGGCCCUCUGAGCGCACCAUCAACGAGGUAUAGACAGUCAGACCGCCCAGUGCACUUUUCAUACCUCUCCCAGAGCUUACUCGUUCAAUUUUUUUUUAAAAAUCCCCUGAAUGAAGCUUGUCCAUCCCUUCCCAAAGUUAGUAAAGGUUUUUAAUACCUUACCCUGUCUCAGGAAAAGUUGGCACGCUGUGAUUGGUCGUGACUGGUCAGGACUGUGCGGUAGCUGCCAGACAAAAGAGAGCCAUGUUUCUAUAAAAGAGAUAAUUCAGGACACGGUGGGUUAAAAUGAUAAGUUACUGAUGUUGCUAUUGUAAACCAGGUAAGAGAAUGUAUGUUUGAGCAGGAUCGGGUGAUACAGAAAGCCAAAAGCUACAGUGAUAAACGUGUAAAUAGUUCAAAGGCCCGCCCCUAAUCUUAGCUAUUUCCAGUUCCUGUUUACUUCUAGCACUCAGGAUGAACAACAGAUUGUCUUUUUGACAGAAAUGCACUGUAGAUCCUCCCGUCAGGUCUGUUGGGGUAGACCUCCGCUCCUGCCCUGUCCCCCCUCUCUCUUAUUCUUCCAGCAACAAUUAUGCCAAAUGUACAUCAUUCAUUUUUUAGCCAGUUUAAAUGCACAUUCACUGUUCUGUCAUGUUUUAAGGACGACACAUUGAAGGGUGAGAAUAGUCAGAUUAUUUUUUUUGUUUGGGUUUUAAUGUUUGUUCAAUUCUGUGCCUGGUGCCAAAAUUUCUUUAUUUGAAUGCCUUUGUAGUCACGGACCUACUGUACAUAUGUGUGAUAAAGUCAACGGGGGACAUUUUAGGGUAAAUCCAAGGUUUUGGUUUCCUGCCCUUUCCAUGUUCCAGGCUGGGCAACAGAAGCACAGAAAUGUAGGGUUAUGAAUGUGUAAAUGCUGUACAUCUUAAUUGUUCCAAAUUUAAAUUUAAUAUAAAAAAAACAAAGUAGAAGUAUAAUUUCACCAUGUUUUAAGAUGUCUGCUUCUGGAGUAUCUUUAUUUGAAAUUAAACCUUUAUUAUUAGUGUAUUAUAUUUGUGUUAAUGUAAUAUCAAGAUUUUAUUUCUAUUGUCUAGUUUAUAAACUCCUCAGUGUUAAGACUCUAAAUCGCAAAUCGCACUUUUAUUGGACCAAUUUAUUGUUUAUGUUGGGUUUUUGUCUUAAUUAAUAAUUAUUAAAAUGGUGUGUUUUUCACCUCUUGGGGGAUCAAUAGUGCCAUUUCCCAGAGUUUCUCAUGAAUGAAAAUGUGUGUGAAUGGCUGCAGGUUGUUAGCGAGAAUGGAAAUAUGGCUAAUACAAAACUCUUUGAAUGUAGGCAAGUAUUUAACUGUCACUGAAUAUGCUUUAUGAAUGUGUUGCAACAGACUUUUACCCAGACACACACAUGUUCAUACAGUGUGUUUUGUGACAGUUGUUACCAAAUGAACAUGAAGCCAGCCUGUUCAAUAACGAUGCCAUUUUCCUUUGAAACCAUCCGACCCGUUUUAAUUUAGACCUCUGUAAGGAAUGUAUGCAUGCUGUACUGUGAUCUGUUUGUUUUUAUCAACAAAAUUAUAAUAAAAUCAUCAUGAUUCUUA